AUGGGGUGCAAUGUAGCGAUGGUAUGCGAUUUCUUCUACCCUCAACUAGGUGGUGUUGAGUUCCACAUAUUCCACCUUGCACAAAAUUUGUUGCAAUUAGGACAUUCUGUUGUGGUUAUUACCCAUGCAUAUGGUGAUAGAAUUGGUAUAAGGUACUUGUCUAGCGGUCUAAAAGUAUACCAUGUUCCGCACUUGAUACUUCACAGAGGAACUACGUUCCCUACGCUGCACGGUACUUUUCCUAUAAUGAGGAAUAUAUUUAUUCGUGAGCAAAUUGAUAUAGUUCACUCUCAUGGUACUGCUUCUACUUUUGCUUUAGAAGCGAUUUUCCAUGCUAAUACAAUGGGACUAAGGACUGUAUUUACAGAUCAUUCACUUUAUGGGUUUUCCAAUAUUGGUGCAAUACUUUUGAAUAAACUGUUGAAGUUCUCACUAACUAAUAUUGAUAGGAUUAUAUGUGUUUCCAACAUCUGUAAGGAUAAUAUGAUUGUAAGGACAGAUGUAGAUCCUGCGAAAAUAUCAGUAAUACCCAAUGCUGUUGUCAGCGAGGAUUUUAAACCCCUAGAGAAGACUAAUCAGAAUGUACUGAAACCUUCUAAGAGUAUUACUCUAGUGGUAAUCAGUAGACUUUAUCCUAACAAGGGUGUGGAUCUUUUAAUUCGACUUGUACCCAAGAUAUGUUCUAUGCACAGUGAUGUUAAAUUUAUAAUUGCAGGUGAUGGUCCCAAAUAUGUGGAAUUACAACAGAUGAUUGAAUCUCAAAGGUUACAGAAUCGUGUUAAUCUGAUGGGUUCUGUACCGCAUGAAAAAGUAAGAGAUAUUAUGUGCCAAGGCGAUAUUUAUUUACAUCCAAGCUUAACUGAAGCUUUUGGUACAGUUCUCGUUGAGGCAGCAUCUUGUGGACUACUCAUUGUCUCUACAACAGUUGGCGGAAUCCCAGAAGUGCUUCCUGAGCACAUGAUAGUAUACGCUAACGAAACAUCAGUGUCAAGUUUAGCGGCUGCUACGAACGAAGGAAUAAGACAACUAAGGGAAAAUAAAAUUGACACAUCUUCAUUUCAUCAGGAAGUGUCACAGAUGUACAAUUGGAUGGAUGUCGCUAAGAGGACUAUCAGGGUUUACGAAAAUAUUUAUCAAGAUGCAACACCUUAUGAUAAAAAUUGGUUAGCAAUGGUCAAACGGUUUUACGCGAGAGAUGGAGUCUGGGCAAACCACUUGUACCUAUUGAGUGCCAUUGCCGAAUACAUUCUCUAUAUUGUCUUAGAAUGGCUUUACCCCCGGUCGGAGAUCGAUUUGGCGCCUAAAUGGCCCUAUGACUUAUAUACAUCUGGCAUGUAA